ACAUCUGUAACGCAAGAGGAGUGCCUCGAUGUGAUCAAAGCGCGUGUGAAGGAGCGUAAUGCCAACUUACACAUAGUGCCCGAGUAUGAGGAGUAUUUCCGUAAACCAGAAAUUGAAGCACUACUAUCCAACCUCAAUGAGGUAAUACGACUGAAUGGCUCGCUGGCCAUACAACUCGCCUACGAUUGGCUACGCAAGAAUGGGUAUUCACGCUACAAACAAGUCGAGUCCACAGAGCUAACCAGCGAAGUUGAACGUGGCUUGCAGCAGUGCAAUUGGCCAGGUCGUUGUGAGAUUUUGAACAUUGAGAAUUUGAAGUUUCACAUCGAUGGGGCGCACACUGUGGAGAGUAUACGCGUCUGUUGCGACUGGUACAAGCGUGUAACUGAGACGAGCACUAACCCACGCGUGCUCAUUUUCAAUACCACCGGCGAACGUGAUUCGAGACGUCUGCUCGAGGUUCUUCACGCCAGUAAUGAAUUUGCGAUCGUUUGCUUUGUGCCGAAUAUUUCUUCGGGCGCCUCUAAUCACAAUGACAACACUUCCGUUUACGGAAUCACUGAACAGCUAAAGCGCGCACGUCUUCACUCGAGUAUUUGGUAUCAAUUGUGCAUGGAAUCGGAGGAAACGGAUACGUCUAAGACUUUUGGUUCGAUUGUAGAUUGUUUGCUGCAUUUGCGUCAAGUUUAUGGCGCUAAACAAGAGGUGGAUGUGCUGGUUACCGGCUCAUUGCAUCUGAUUGGCGCUACAAUGGCGGCAUUUAAGGAUUUUCAGCAAAAAUUGGAGGAACAUGGGAAUGGGAUCUGAAUAAGUAGUGUGUAUGUAUGUAAAGUAUUUAGGGGCUAUGUAGUUCUUUUAGAUAUAGAAACUUAUUUAACUGUUUGCAAAAUAUAAUCGGAAUCCCGCUAAAUAAUAAAGAAUAUAACCAUAGACA